AUGGUUUUCUUCAAGUCAGCUCUCGCUGCGUCUGCAGUGGCUGUUGCAAUGGCAGCACCCUACGCCCAACCGUCUUCACUUGACGUCAACAAUCCAGACUCCAUCAAGGCUGUCGCUAGCAGUCUCGCCCAUGGAGCCAUGUCGUACUACAAUGGCAACGUCUCGAGUGACCCCAAGAUGGUCGGUGACCUGCCAGACCCUUACUACUGGUGGCAGGCCGGUGCCCUUUGGGGUGCCAUGCUCGACUACUACCACUACACUGGCGACCCGAGCUACAACGAGGUCAUCGCCCAAGCCCUCACCGCCAAGGUCAACACGGGUCCCAACUUUGACUUCAUGCCCCCCGAGCACGCGUCCGAGGAAGGCAACGACGAUCUCGGCUUCUGGGGGUUUGCCGUCAUGGCUGCUGCCGAACGCAACUUUACUCAGCCAAACCCAGAAGCCCCGUCCUGGCUCCAGAUGGGCAUCAACAUCUUUGAGUCGCUGACCUCACGCUGGAACACGACCAACUGCGGCGGUGGCCUGUUGUGGCAGAUCUACGAGAGCAACCCCAAUGGCCUCAACUACAAGAACUCGGUCAGCAACGGCGGCCUGUUCCAACUGGCUGCGAGAUUGGGUCGUGCCACAGGAGAGCAGAAGUACCUUGACUGGGCGAACAAGGUCUGGGACUGGUCAGUCCAGGUUAGCUUCCUCGACGCCGACCUCAAGGUCUUUGACGGUGCCGAUGCUCGCGACGAAUGCACCAAGGUCAACCCUCUCUCCUUUACCUACUCCACAGGUAUCUACCUGUAUGGUGCCGCUGUCAUGGCGAACCACACUGGCGACGCUGUCUGGCAUGACCGCACUGCCAAGAUGUUGAACACAUCUCAGCACUUCUUCACUCCGUUCGACAACAGCACAAACAUCAUGUACGAGCCUGCUUGCGAGACCGUCGGCACGUGCAACACCGACAUGAAGACAUUCAAGGGAUAUCUCUCCCGUUUCAUGUACAAGACGGCGCAGGAUGUGCCUGAGCUCAAGUCUGAGGUCCUGAAGCUCAUGAACCCCACUGCCAAUGCUGCGGCCAGGGCGUGUGAUGCCAGUGACAGCGGCGUCACCUGCGGUCAGAAGUGGUACACUGGCGGCAACGAUCAGUCCGCGGGUCUCGGCCAGAUGAUGAGUGCCCUCGAGGCUCUCUCGUCUUGCAAUUCCGAUCGCGACGACGACGACAACAACAACAACAACAUCACAGCCGAAGCGUUGAUCGAGUUUUCUUCUAAGGACCAUAAGAGCGAAGUGGAACAGCUCAACGGAACCAUCUCAGCCGAGUUUCUUGGUCUGACCGGCAACAUCAAGUGGGAGGCCACAGAGAACGAGACCGAGACUUCCGUAAGCAACCACACGUUCAAGAUCAAGUUCGAGUAUCAGGAAUCGAACAAGCCAUCAGCGGGUGAGGGCCGAAUGUCGGGAAGCACUGCUGUCGCCGGUAACUUGGCAGUUCUUGCUCUGGUCUUCGGAUCUCAGGUCCUCUUCUGGAUGCCAUGA